AUGGCCAAGAAAAUAUUUCAUUAUCUACCAACAUAUGCUGCUGUACAGUUCAACUUUCCAAGCUCUGGCUAUUUUUUUAAUAAACUUGUUAGCCCAAACCAGGCUACUCCUCUUCAGGAGACCCCACAUGCUAGAACAGUUGACCUCAUUAAUAAGCCAAAAAAUGAGCCUAAGCUGGACAUAAAACCAAAUACUCUUUUUGCAAAUGUUGAUCUGAUUAAAAACUGCUUAGAGGGAGGAGGUGGUUCUUUAAUAGACUAUGCCUUAGCGAAGGAAAACCUAUAUUUAGAAAUUGAAAUGUCAAGAAUAAACAUGAUCGUUAUGGGAUUUCCUGUAGAAAUACAAAACCAGCUUGAUAGAGAAGAAAUAACGACCAUUGAGAAACUGUUCAAAGAACUAACAAAAAUUGAUGAAUGUGUUUCUAACAUCAAGCCAAAAUAUGACAAUAAAUUUUUAAGUAAUGAAAUAUCAUACAAUACGGACGUCAAGACAAAGCAACUUUAUCAACACAAACAGAGAUAUGAAAAUGUAGACAAAGAAAUUUCGGUACCAAAAUACAAAGUAGAAGUAGAAUAUACAUAA